UUCUAUUGCUAUAAAACCCAAAGGGUAGAGCCUUCCUCAGUCAUUCGAUUUCUACCACGUCUAAAUUUAUCGCACUGGUCAGCAAAAUGGUUAUCAAGGAUAGUGAGUUUGAUGAUUCGUUAAACUUCGCACUGCUUCGCGGCGACAUGGGUUCCAACUGGGACACUGGCAAAGACGAACGCGUAGUGAACGGAACUUUGAAUCCGGAAAUCAUCCAACGAGCCAAAGAUAGGGCCGCCCGAGCACAGCUGAAUUCAGCGGACGGAGACACAUGUGAACUUCACGACCAGUUCUAUCGGGACCAUAAACUGCUGCUAGUACUGUUCCGAGCUCUUGCGGUGAUGCCCAUCCUCAGAUCGUCACCUGGUAGAAUCACUUUCGACUGGAGAUCGUGGGCUUCAAUCUAUGCGUACUGUUUCUAUGUUGUUAGCACGGCGGUUGUGCUUGUUGUGGGAUACGAACGCGUUAAGAUACUGCAGGACACCAAGAAAUUUGACGAGUAUAUCUACGGAAUACUAUUUGUGAUCUUUUUGGUGCCGCACUUUUGGAUUCCGUUCGUUGGUUGGGGAGUUGCCAAACACGUUGCUGUCUACAAAACUAUGUGGGGUGCCUUCCAGGUUCGUUACUACCGCGUAACCGGAACGAACAUGCAAUUUCCACAUCUGAAACUUCUCAUUAUCAUGAUGUCGAUUGGCUGCUUAGUGUGCGCAAUUGUGUUUCUCAUGUCGCUAAGCUACCUUUUGGAAGGGUUCACCUUGUGGCACACUUCCGCUUACUACCACAUCAUGACUAUGUUGAACAUGAACAGUGCUUUGUGGUAUAUCAACUGUCGCGGAAUACGGGUAGCCUCCUCGAGUUUGUCGGACCGUUUUCGCAAGGACGUCGCCAUUGAGUGCACCGCAGCCAUGAUAUCUCAGUAUCGCUUCCUCUGGUUGAACCUCAGUGAACUACUGCAAGCCCUGGGAAACGCCUACGCCCGGACCUAUUCCACGUACUGUCUUUUCAUGUUUGCUAACAUUACAAUUGCCAUCUACGGAGCGCUGUCGGAGGUGAUCGAUCAUGGUUUUGGGUUCUCGUUUAAGGAAAUUGGACUGAUCGUAGAUACGGUCUAUUGUUCAACAUUGUUGUUUAUAUUUUGCGAUUGUUCACACCGGGCAACGCUGCAAGUGGCUCAGGGAGUACAGGACACGCUACUCGGAAUCAAUCUGAUGACGGUAGAUCAUCCGACUCAGAAGGAAAUCGAUCUGUUUAUUCAAGCGAUCGAAAUGAAUCCAGCCAUCGUAAGUCUUAAGGGUUAUGCCGAAGUGAACCGGGAGCUGUUGACAGCGAGUAUUGGUACCAUCGCCAUUUACUUGAUCGUAUUGUUGCAGUUCAAACUAUCGUUGAUUUCGCAACAAUUACCAAUCGAACUGAUAGAGAGUGUAAAACAAGGACAAAAAAGGGCAUGAAAGAUUUGUUAUACGGG